AUGCUAUGGCCUGGUAACACGCCUCAAACGACGAACUCUCCUAGAAGAAGAAUCCGCGUCAGCUUGAUCGCGCACCACUCGGCGCAGUUACGGUUUUGCUCUGACUUCAUCCUCCUCGGCACAUACGGCACGAGAGGUAUGGCCAUCUACGAAUCCAUCUCCUCCAUCAUCGAAAUCCAGCUAGGGAAGUCUACCGGUGACUUCAAAGACGUGCCGAAGGGGUGGCCAGAGAACCAGUACUGCAACACAGCACCAUACCGAAGACGUCUUGGGGGCGAGGUCCAGGAUGCCGGGAGGUGGCCUCGUGGGCUUUCAGGGUGCUGGGCCAGCUUCUGGGGAGACGGGGCUGGGAUAUCCGAGACUAAGACUACUAAACCUUUACCAUACAUGGCGAACGGUGGAACGGAGAAUGGCCCAAAGAGCGUAAGUGACCAUAGCGAUCGCGAAUGUUGA